AUGUGCAAUCCUUUGAAUAUCGAGGACAUCGACAAGAAACAUACGAUACUGGAAGAUCACGAAGAUGAUAUUAUCGAUGAUCAAUAUAUAGAUAUUACCAAUGAUUUAUUCAAUUCAUUAUCACUUAUAACUGAUCAUCAGGUGGUCAAAUCAGAUUAUUUCAAUUUGUUAGAGGGAACAAGAGCCAUUGAAGUUCUUAAUCCCCGGUUAGAUACUGCGUUAAUAAAGUUACAGCCAAGUGAUCUUUCAUUCAAUACCAAUGACAAACAACUGAUUGAUAAUGUUAUUUCGAUUCAAAAUAAACUAUUCCAAUUGUUAAUGAGUUGGCUUAAUAAUAGUUCAUUGCCUGUUACGGUAUUGAGUUGUCGUUACAUUCAAACCUUAUUAGAAAAUUAUACAUUUACCAGAAAUCAAGGAUCAAAAAAUUUAUUAGAUCAAUGUUCAUUUAAAAAUCUUCGAUUCUUCGAAACCAAAGAAAUGCAAGAUAAAAAUCAAAGCCUUGAUGAUGAUGUCGAAUAUCAAUUAGUUCACAAAGUAUUGAAAAUAUUUUCCAUUGCCAUAACUAAAUUCAUUGGAAUAUGUAUCACAAUCGGUGUAAAUGUUUUAUAUGAAGAAGAAGAUAUCAAUACGAGAAACAUGAAUCUUGAUUUUUUAACUGAAGUAGACGAGGAGAUAGUCAUAGAACAAAUUGAUCAAUGUCUGGAAUGGAUUUUAACCUUAAAUCUUCAAGAUAAGUCUGAUAUUUUAAUCUCUCAAUUAAAUUUAUCAAAAUACUUAUUAAAGAUCGUAACUAUAUUAAAUCAUAAAGUCAAUUUAACAGAACCAACUGAAGAUAACUUACACUUAGUGGAAUUCCUUUUAAAAGCAAAACAGAUUAUAAAUGUUUUGAAAGUGCAAGACAAUACGCAUCAACCUCCUUCUGGAUCAUUUUCUACCUUUAUUCAAUUGGAUUUAGAUAAUAAGAAUAUACCUAGUGAAAUUUAUGAAAUCUCAUGGGAAGAUAGUUGGAAUAGUCUUUCUAGAUUAUUCAAUAAUAUAUUGAGUUAUUUCAAGUCAUCAAAUGCAUUAACCAACCAUCAACAAUUACAAAACUUUUUGAAAUAUGAUAUUAGUUAUAAUAUUGAGAAUUUCAACGUCAUGGCAAGAGGAGUGUUUCAAUUAUAUAUCAUUCGAGAUGAUAAAUCAAUGUUUGGAUCCCCAAAUGUGAAUUUGCUGACGUAUGUUAUUGAAGAAAUUGAGUCGAUUGUGGGUGGUAACAUCAUGAUUUUAAAACUGUUACAACAACCUGAUAUUAAUAAGUCAAUUCUCGAAAGAAUUGAACCACUUUUACAAGACCUUGAAAAUUCUGGAUAUCACAAUUUAACCAUCUACGCUCAAAAUCCUUGCCGUCAACAACAAUUAACAUCUAAAGCGCUCUUAUUAUGGGAUACAUUACAAGUUUCAUGGGAAGCCUUUGAAUUUGAAGUUUAUUCUACGUUUAAAAUCGGAGAAGAAAUAUCAGAGGGAGUGCCAACUUUGCCUAUAAGUACAUUUAUUUACUAUACUAAGUUGAAUUUAAUGAUUGAUUUAGCUAUGAAUGGAAUUGCGCUUGAUAUCUAUCAAGAUUUUGAAAUUUAUGUGAUUUAUUGGUUUUCGACUUAUUUAUUAAAUUUAUUAAUUGAAUUAGUCAAUACAAGAUUAACUAGUAAUAUCAAUCAAAAGAUCACUUAUAUUGAAAAGGGAUUUCCCAAAAAGAUUAAAAAAUUAAAGGCUGGUCCAAAGAAGGAACAAUUAAAACUUCAGAAUCAAAUUAAUAAUCAAGAAGUUUUACCUAAACUUAUUAAGAUUCAAAGAUUUAAUCAUGAGUAUCUCUUGAAUGGUUGGUCGGCUUUAAAGGAAUUAUUAGAAAGUGUUUCAUGCUAUUUAAUUGUAUUGUCGUCAUUCAGAUUGAUUCCAGUUUUCAAAGAUGAAUUAAUUUUUAAAUUAAGAUUAAAACCAUGGUCAAGCAUUGGUGUACCAAACUUACCAAGCUUUGCUGAAUACAAGAAUUCUUUAAAGUUUGAUAAUUCCAAUUUCGAUAAUACCAAACAAAUAUUAACUCAAGUGAAACUAAAAUUGAACAAUACUCUAGGUCUUUAUAAACAAUUGAUUCAUGAAAUUGAAAAUAACGAAUCCUUUAAUGAAUUUUGGGUCAAUAAUGAACAGAUUUUAUUAUGGUACCAUCAGUUAUCAUCCACAGUCAAAAGCUAUUCACAGGAAUUAGAUCAAUUCGUUGCUAUUUUGAAUGAUAAUAAAUCGAAUUUAAAUUCAUUAUCAACCCUGUAUAAAGUCCAAAUUUCAACCGGACAUCAUAGACAUUUCCCCACCAUAAAAGUUAUUAAAAGGAAAUAG